AGAGAGAGAGAGAGAGAGAGAGAUUGGAUUAUACUUUUAGAUCCGCGCCGUUAUAAGUCUAUUUCUCUGGAUCUAAUAGUAGAAUCCAAUCAGUGGAAAGCGCUCGCGGAGCAAUUUUCCCCGCUCAACGUACCCACCGCUACAGAUAUAUUUUUGUGUACGACGGACUAAGGUUAUGUCUCGUGCAAAUUUUUAAAUUGUGCCGGGCACCCUUUUUUUCUACGGGAAUCAUAGCUCUAAGAUGUAACCAGAUUUAACGAUUGCUUAUCAAGUUGCGACAGUUACACAGCCUCAGACGACGAAGACAAUGAAGUUGGUCAAGCCCAAUUGGGUUACUCACGACGGGUAUCCGAUAUUUUCUAUCGACAUACAUCCCAAUGGGAAAAGAUUUGCCACCGGUGGUCAAGGUGGCGAUUCAGGGAGAGUUGUUAUAUGGAAUAUGGAACCGGUAGUUAACGAGACUGCCGAAUUAGAUUCUAACGUUCCGAAGAUGCUUUGUCAAUUGGACAACCACCUUGCGUGCGUCAACUGCGUUCGAUGGAGCAACGGUGGACUGUUGGCAUCGGGUGGUGUAGAUAAGCUUAUUAUGAUCUGGAGAUUGUCUGGGUCCGGUGGGAGUUGUAUGUUUGGUGGAAAAGCCAGCGUGGAGACUUGGAGGUGUAUCGCGACGUUGCGCUCUCACGAAGCUGACGUGCUCGAUCUUGCGUGGGCGCCGCACAGCCCAUGGCUGGCUUCCGCUUCGGUGGACAACAGCGUGAUCGUAUGGGACGCCUCCAAGUUUCCCGCGGUGGUCGCUGUGUUGAAGGGUCAUACAGGCUUUGUGAAAGGCAUCACUUGGGAUCCCGUGGGGAAAUACUUGGCUUCUCAGUCCGACGACAAAACGUUGAGGGUGUGGCGUACUACGGAUUGGACGGAGGCAGCGUUAAUAUCCGAGCCUUUUGACGAGUGCGGUGGAACGACUCAUGUCCUGAGACUCUCUUGGAGUCCAGACGGUCAGUACUUGGUAUCUGCCCACGCUAUGAACGGAGGAGGACCUACGGCUCAAAUAAUUGAACGAGACGGCUGGACACAGGAUAAAGAUUUUGUUGGACAUAGGAAGGCGGUAACUUGCGUUAGAUUUAAUGGCAAUAUUCUGCAGAAGAAGCAGCCGGGCUCUUCUAAGCCACAACAGUAUUGCUGUGUCGCGAUAGGAUCGCGAGAUCGUUCUCUAUCUGUGUGGUUAACAUCCUUAAAACGACCUCUGGUCGUAAUUCACGAGUUGUUUACACAUUCUGUAUUAGAUGCUAGUUGGUCACCGUGUGGCCUCCGCCUCGCCGCGUGCUCGUGGGAUGGGACAGCUGUAUUUAUUGAAUUUACUCAACAAGAACUGGGGCAACCUCUUGAUCCUGCCGAGCAAAGUAGCCUACACGAACGAUUGUAUGGCAAACCGUUGGUCCAAGGAGGUUGUAUGGUGAUGGAAGCACCAGAACUCCUUAAUUUGAAGCAACCGGUGUCGAAUCAAUCUUGUCAAGUAUCAUCUGCUCCUAGCAUUCCUCCUGUCGCUAACCCCGCGACUACUCCAGUUAAAGGGCCUAUCAAUAAACAAAUCGAAACGAGAACUUCGGAUGGUAAAAGAAGAAUCACUCCCAUGUUCAUCCCACCACCAGCAGACACGACAGAUACAAAUAUCAGUGGUAGUUUAGGUACACCAACGUUCACGAGUACAGUACAAACGAAAAGCUCGAUUGUGAUAGAAAAACGUAACGACGUUGUUGCACCUAACGUCACCUCCGCCUCCGUGAAGCCAGCUGCUGUUGACGCACCGGGAUCCUCCCUUACGUUAAAACGCAAGGAGCAAACGACACCGAAAGUACACCAUUCUUCUCCGAGUAAGAAGCCGAAAUUCAUAUCUGACAGGAAUGUAGUGGGUCAGAUGAUUCUGCCUCCACUGAAGCCGUCCAGUUCGUUGUCCCAGCAGGCUGGUCAUUACGCUGUGACUGUCACCAACAGUCAGGGCUUGGCUCAUUUGCAAGUAUUUAAGGGCACAGAUUCUGAACCGACCUGGGAUCUCUAUUUAGGAUACAGCGCUGUGGCAUUAGCAGCGUCGCCGGCUGUAAUAGCCUUGGGUCUGGAAGACGGAAGUCUUCAUACGUUUCAUCCUGCAAAAGGAUGUCGGCCAGCACCACCGCUAGCGCCACCGGCACCUUUGGCAAAGGUUCAUGCAGUUGGAAACGCGGUGAUGGUGAUAUCGAGCUGUGGCGCGGUUCGUGUAUGGGAAAUAGGAAAUACGUGCCGGAUGAUCGUUUCAACCUCAGCUGCUCAUUUAGCAGCACCUGGAACAUCUCUAUUGUCGUGCACUUUGUACAAUGGAAUGCCUCACGUAGCAUUUACUAAUGCACGAGCAUAUAUAUACCAUAAAGAUAUGGGCACAUGGCUGUUAAUUGGAGACAGUCAAGACCCUGUGUGGCGAUGGUCGUCAUUCAGCGUGCUGAGUACUUCCGGCAGUAGAUCGCCUAGGGGACCUUUGUCAUCGCUACAGGAAGGACUGCUCAGAACUUCUGGGAAUACUUUACCAAAUCCGCGAUUACCGCAUAGCGCGCCAAGCGUAGUUUCCUACUUGGAACAACAGUUACUCGCGUCUAAAGCUCUUGGAAGCGCCCAAGAAUACGUUCAUUGGCUCAUGGCUUUGGUGUCAUUCUUAUUAACGCAAGACGGUUUGGAGAAACGUCUAAGGCUAAUUUUGGACGACCUUUUGGGUCCGAGUCAUACGUCAGCUUCAAAAAGUAUAUGGGACCCUGUCAUCUUGGGAAUAAGGAAACAUAAACUUUUGGGCGAUGUACUGGCCGUAGUCGGUGGUCAUCUUCGUUGGCAAAGGUUAUACCUCGAGUAUUCGGAGCAGUUAACUUCACUGAGGAAUCAAAUUAAUUAACGAUGAGUCGUUACCGUGCAAAUUCAUUCAUACCAAAAGCAUCUCGUCUUUGGAUAUCUUUGUAUAAUUCUAAAGAUACCGUUGUGGAGAUCUAUUGUAGUAAGACUGUACAGUUUUUAUAUUAAUACUUACGGUACGAUACAGAUGUAUGAUAACGAAUAAACGAUAUUUAGUAUAUUAGCAAUUGUAUAUAAAAAAAAA